AGCACCGUGCACGCUUUAAUCCAUUAAUGGGGUUUUUAUCUGUGAUCAUAAAAAGCAGGUUACAUUCAGCCUGGAAGGGAGCGAGGCUUGGAGGAGAGGGGAGGGGAGAGAAAGACACAGGGAGAGAGGCAGAAAGCAAGGCAGAAAGAGAGCACAAUCCACUCGGUGCAUUGCUCGCAAGCUUGGGGCUGACAAUUAGGGAUCUCAGGAGAGCAGCUUCUCAGAAUAACGCGCUCUCCUCCGCAUGGACCGACGGCAGGCAGUGGUUCAGCCCUGCUGAUAUUUUUUAAGCCCUCCUCGCGGUUUGAUGGGCAUUCCCAGUGCCUUUGUGCACGUCUCGGGAAGCGUUGACGUGGAAAGGAGCAGCGAGGAGGGGGAGGCUGGAGGAGAAAGCUGCAGCUCCUCCAAAACCAGGGAGGGCAUGCACGGGAGGGAGCGGGCUGGCGAGGCGGGGGCACCUCGCACCAUGGUACCCCCGUGCCGGCGCGGCGCAGUUCCGGAGAUGUCCCUGCUGUGACUGGACGCACCAUGAGCAUCUGGGAGCUGCUCCUGGCUUUCCUGGUGGUGCUGCUGAUGCUCGUGGCCCUGCUGGCCAACGUGCUGGUGCUGAUGUGCUUCCUGUACAGCGCCGACAUCCGCAAGCAGGUGCCGGGAUUGUUCAUCCUCAACCUCACCUUCUGCAACCUGUUGAUGGCCGUCUCCAGCAUGCCCCUGACCCUGGCUGGGAUCAUUUACAAAAGUCAGCCGGCGGGAGAUCAGGUCUGCCACGCUGUGGGCUUCCUGGAGACUUUCCUCACCACCAGCUCCAUGCUGAGCAUGGCAGCUUUGAGCAUUGACAGGUGGAUUGCUGUGGUCUUCCCUCUAAGCUACCACUCCAAGAUGAGGUACCGGGACGCCGCUCUUAUUCUCAGCUACACGUGGUUGCACUCGGCGUCCUUCCCCAUAGUGGCAGCUUCUCUCUCCUGGCUGGGUUUCCAUCACCUCUACGCCUCCUGCACGCUCUGCAACAAGAGACCAGAGGAUAGGACACAGUUUGUGAUUUUCACUGGGGUCUUUCACGCCCUCAGCUUCCUCCUCUCCCUGGUAGUGCUGUGUUUCACCUAUCUCAAAGUGCUGAAGGUGGCACGGUUCCACUGCAAGCGCAUCGACGUGAUCACGAUGCAGACCCUGGUGCUGCUCGUGGACAUCCAUCCCAGCGUGCGCGAGCGCUGUCUCGAGGAGCAGAGGAGGCGGCGGCAGCGGGCGACCAAGAAAAUCAGUACCUUCAUUGGUACCUUCAUCCUUUGCUUUGCACCUUAUGUAAUCACAAGACUCGUUGAAUUAUCCUCCGUGGUCCACAUCAACUCCCACUGGGGGAUCAUCUCCAAGUGCUUGGCUUACAGCAAAGCUGUUUCAGACCCUUUUGUGUACUCUUUGCUGCGGCACCAGUACAAGAAGACGUGGAAGGACAUCCUAAACAAGAUCCUCAAGAGGAGCUCCAUCAACUCCUCGGCGCUGGCGGGCGAGCCGCACAGCCGGAACCUCCCGCAGCUCAACGAAUGAGGAGCUGGCACGGCCCCUGCCAAGGGAUGUUUGGGAAACCACAGCAACUGGCCCACCCCUAGUAGCUCCCCUCAGCUGCCCAGGUUUUGGGAGGCAGCUGUGGGCAGGGUGAAGCCCAGAGCGUGUCCCUCCAGCAGCCCGUGGCUGCUCUGGACCUCCUCCCCGCGACUGGAAGAGCGCUAUUGAUCCGUGGUCCUGCAGGCUCCACAAAUACAAAUCUCCCAUUGAUUUCCAUCAGCUGCUGCAUUUAUAGAUAAAAAAUCCAGUCCUACAUGAAGGUAAUGGGAGCAAACUGCUGCUGGUGUAAGGUUGUUCUGAAAAGCUGCACAGGGAUGUUUGUGCUGUGUUUGGCGUUCGCUGCAGGUGAAGCUCCUUCUGAUGUAGCUGCCAACGUGGCUUUACAAAAACCACCACCCACCCUAGUGGCUUGUUUGUAGAAACAAAGGUUGUUUGAAGAAAAUAGAGAAGGUUGUUUGUAGAAAAUAUCUUAAUGGGAAAAAACCUAAAAAAAUCUAAAUAUUCAUCCAGCGCCCAACACAGUUCAGCCUUUUCUGACAUAUAUUUUAGGAAGAAUCCCAUAGAAUUGAAGGAAGAGAAAAACUACUUUUGGAGUGUGCUGGAUUCAGCUAUGUCUUCUCUAAAUUUUAGAAGUUAUUUACAUAGAAUCUCUCUAAUGUUCUCCCCAUUAACUUUCAGGAAGAUACAAAUGGUAGACAGGGUGGAAAGGUCAGGAUGCCUCCUGCCUCCCUUCCAUAUAUCUGAGCUCUGAGUAGCUGGAUUUUGCCCAAAGCUGCAGAUCUGGGCCCUGUGCCCAGGAGGAAAAUAACAAAUCUCUUUUUCUGAGGAGUUAUUAAUCAUGGGGCUUUUUCCUACUUAAAGGAAAGAUGAGCCUAAGUCUGAGUUUCAAGUAUAAUUUCCAAAGCAAGUGGAGCACAAAUAAUAGGCCCCCCUCUCCGCCAUGAAAGUGGAGCCAAUAAUCUGAAUCCACCCCUGAAUGUGCAAAUCUCUGGAGGUGUCAGUACAAAUCUUCAUAGCUCUGGAUUGCAGUUCUGCAUAGGAACAUUAUUAACAUUUACCAUGCACUCAGAUGCCUGCCCAGAUUUUAAAAUAGGCUUGGUUAAUUAGGCUUCAUGAAUGCAAUGGCAGCUUCAAUAACAGCUGGCACAUCUGGCUGGUCUGCCAUGCAUCCCUGCUCAUAUCCCAACUGUCAAUGCCAUUCUGAGGAAAUAAGUCCUCAAGUUGUAAAAAAUGUGGGAUUACUUUUUAGUUGCCACCUUCUCUUAUGCAAAAGAAGAGCUUGGUGUGUUGCAAAAAAUGUCCACUGUUGAAUUUUCUGGCCUCUGAUUCAAAUCCCAGAUAAGGGACUCAGUGAGAGGCUUCACCCCAGAGUCAGUGAAUGUCAUACCUCAGUUAUUAUCUGAAGAUUAUUAGCUACCAUGUAAAUUUUAAAAAAAUCAGCUUAAUCCUUAAUUUCAGUUAUAAAAAUACCAUAAUUACAAUAAAAUCCACAUUAUAGCCACAGAAUUUAAGAAGCUUUUAAAACACUGCUUUCAAAUGAGCCCUUAGCCAGAUAAAUAGUCUACCUCAUCUUAAUCAUUUUGCUUCUUAGGCUUAAUGUAAUUUUCUCAGGUGCAAUAGAUAAAAACACCCAGUUCAAUAUUUAUUUCUUAAGAAAUUCAAGACAUAUUGAUGAUUAGAUUGUAUUGGAAUACAGGAUGUUAGCAAGUUGAAUAGUAUUGAAUUUAAAAAGAUAAAAAAGCUCUAUAUUGAGCAUGUUUGACUUAAAUUGCACCAGGAAAGGCCACAGCUGCCGUAAACUUACACAUGGAGCUGAUGCCAAAGCCAAUGGGAGGUUUGUAUGUCAAUAAGGGCAGCUCCAGAAAUAUUUAAACCUUCAAAUUCAAAGAGAGUAAGCUAAUUCCCCAGGAGAAAAAAAAGCAUAAUCCAUUUAGGACGUCUAGUAAAAGAUGGAGAAUACAGCACUGGACUUGUCUCAUUAUGCUUGUGUAUCACAGUCAGUCACUGGCUGAUUUAUAUCCCACCAUGAGCAAUAAAUCUCUCCCCUUGUAUGUGUUUAAAAAUUUGUCUCUCUUUCAUGGUGCCUUUCUCUCCUAAUUAAUCUUAUAACAGAGAAUAGAUAUGAUUUCCCCUUCCUUGCAUCAGCUCUCUGUCAUGUUUUGACCAUCUGAAGCAAGCAGGAGUUGUAAAUGCUGGUGCUUGACAAACUGCCUCAGUACACGAAAUAAAAACACCACCCCAGCAUUUCCUGAUGACAUUUUAUAGGAUACUCAAAAUAUGAUGCUGUGGCUUGUUCAGUGCUAGAUUUUCAGCUGAAUUCUCAUAGGCAACUGGCAAAAUUGUCUAAAAUGUGUGUCUCGGUGAUGAAUGUAGAUAUGAGUAACUAUCUGUCUGCUGAGUAUUAUAUGUACUACACAACACUCUGGCUGGAGUGGGUUAAAAUCCUGCUGGUAAAUGUAAUGCACAGUAUUUAUUAUCUCUGCUCACCAAGCAGAGCUGUUCUCUUGUCUAACACACAUGUGUGCAAGGAGGGGGAGGGGGGUGGGGGGAAUUUCCACUUGUUACUUCAAUAUUUUUGAAAAAGUUUUGUCAAGUUUGGCUGCAACCGGUGCCCAAAAUCUGGAGCUGCAUGUGCAAAAUCUGGGCAGCUGCUUAGGCAAUGUGCAGAUUUCUGUUUGUUGUAUCUGUGACCCAUCUGCAAUAUCUACUCCUCACACGCAUGUUCAAUUAACAUUUCCUUCAGAGCUUGUGAAUUUGGCAGGCAGAGCACUGGCAGAUGAUUAAGAGAAUGUAGUCCACCACCACCACGCUGUUUUGUGGAUUCUGAGCUUUUCCCUUUGUUCAUUUGAACGGUUUUUACACCAUUUCAGGGCCCUCACUGUGAGCUGUCGUCCUGGUUUCUGUUGUGUUCUUGAGCCAGUUUGAAUGUGAAGAUUAAUUGCAAUUGGCAAAAAUUAUGAGAGACUGAUAAGGGUUGUUGAACAAUUAUAAAGUAUCAGGUCCUCUCUUGAUAUAAAUCAAAAUAAUGGUGGUUUCACCUGAGGAUGGGGUCCAUUAGGUGACUUUAUGCAGGGUCUAUAGAUUUCUUCUCUAUGUUUAGAGCCCUUUUAAAAUUGUAUUUACAAGUGGAAGGAUGUAAGCAGGAUUUAGGGAGUUCCUCUGAUGUGCAAGUGCUCACUUCCAAUGUCAGGCAGCCACAUAACUAAGUUCUACCCCUGUUCUUACACUUUGAGUAGAUGACCCUAAAAACCUCUUUUCAGUAGCCCCAAAUCAGACUUUUUAGAACUCGACUUAUGUCUGAAAAAAACCAAACCUACAAACCUAGAGAUUAAAAAUACUUCAGACAAACCCUUGUGGAGCCUGAUGGCCACUGCAGCUGUGGCCACACAAAUCACAGCAGCCCAGACCAGCUGAGGUUGGAAGGAACCUCAAAAAGCUCCCAAAAGCCCCCAAAAUCCACAUCCCUGCCUCUGGCAGUGAUUUACCCUCUCAGUUUUGCCAAAGCACCUAGAAAAUUAUCUUGGUCUGCUUCAGGUCAGCAGUAAAAUCUUCUGGCUAGGAUAUUUUUUUAAAAUAACUUUGAGAAGACAUUUUAGACUAAACUUCAAAA